AACUGUAUCUCACGGAUGUGGUACAGAUGCCGCAAGUACUUUGUAAUCCAUCAGCAAAAAAUAGGUGGUAUUUUGGCGACUUCAAUGGAGAUAAAAGAACAGAUGCACUUUGCAUGUCUGAUAAGGAGUUUUUUAAGCUUGCACAUACAAGUCCUGAUGGUGCACCAAUAAAACUGAACUGGCAAGGAUAUUUACGAGAAUGUACUGGCUGGUUCAGAUUUAUAGGUGAUUUCAAUGGAGAUGGAAGAGAUGAUGUUCUUUGCAGAGAUGAUCAAUCAAGAAAAUUGACAAUAAAAUUCGCCAAUAAAGAUGGACAAUUUGAUGACUUGGAAUUGAAUGUAGGAAAUUUUUGUACACAACCAGCAGAUAGGAUAUUCAUAGCUGACGUAAACGGCGAUGGAAAAGCUGAUCUUAUUUGUCGUUAUGCUAAUGUGGAUAUAGAAAUACGGCUCAAUAGAAUAUGAAAUGUUAUUCAUGGGUAGCUGAAUGCAAAAUAUCUGGAGAUUCAACAUGUGAAUUUUCUCUCCAUUGACAAAUACAUGAAGUUGCUGCAUCCCUCAGUCACCAUUUCAAAUUUAUCACAAUGCAAGAGGUUAGUCAGGGUAUCAUCUUCUCCAAUCAGUUCAAUCAUCACUUUAAAAAAUACCAAUAUAUGUGAUGAAUAACACAUAUGCAUUGGUAAUACCUUAAGUCAUGUGAUGGCAAGAGGUUGUCAGAUACGAUCACGAUGUGGUCUGUUGAACAAGAUAUUGAAAAUGCUAAAUUAAACCCUAAAUUUUAUAACGGAGUGCAGAAAAUUACUUGAAUUGGUAUUGCAUUUGUAGUUCCUGCAUAGACAAAAUUAUUUUCAGAUGUAGGUGCACACUAUGGUGUUAGUUACUGUAUAUUAGGCGAAUUAAUGUGUCAAACUCAAUGUCCAAAGACAUUCGUUAUGCUUUUUCACCCAAAAUUGCCACUCAGUUCCGUGUCCGGGAUGUUUCAAUUCAAAAUUUUGAUGGGACUAUUAGGAAAGUGUGGCUUAUUUUAUUCUAAAAAUGAUUUGUUUUAGAAAUGAUAUAGCUUCAUUUGAGUAGAGACUAUCUCAGUAGUCAUUGGGUUAAAAAUAUUAUCUUUUGUUUGUAAUAUGGUGAAGAAACUUAUUUUAUACUUGCCUAUUAUCAUUUGUUUUUUUAAAUUUCCUACUAGACCUCAUGCACAAUAAGAAUAAACUUCUAAUUUAAAGUGCUUCUUCUUUUGUUAACAUGCCCUCAGAGUGUGGUCUCUGUACUUCGGCACACUGAAACAUGCUUCCAUGGAGUAUUGCUGUCAUAUUUGAGUUGAUCCCUCUGUAACUGCACUAAACCAAAUUAAAGAACUACUGGCUCACAAUUGGCGUUUCCAAACACUCUAC